AUGCAGGUUCCUGGCUCGUUUUUGUCUAUGCUAAAAACGUUCGGUUUUAGCGUUGAUCGAGCGCAAGCUAUUCGUAUAUUAGAAAAUUGCUAUUCUCGUGAUGGUGUUCGAGGAAUUGCUGAUGCUGCACCAUCAUUGACUAGAGCUGGCAUUAUUGCCAAAGAAUGUGUCAAUAAAUACCCAAAUGGUUCACCAUUCUUAUUUAUGGCUUGUCAGCAAGCCCGUAAAGCAGGUAGUCUUAAUGAAGCAAUAAAUUAUAUAACAACUGGUGUCAGAAGCUGUGAAAACGUUGGUGCCACCAGUACACACCAUCGGUUUGAAAUGGGAAUGACAUAUUUAAUGAAUUUAGACAUUUCAGCAGCAAAAGAUAUAUUUGAAUUAUUGUUUUACGGUAACACUAUAAUUUACACUGGAAAGAAAGGAUCAAUAAGGCUUCAAGGAUCAAUGAAAGAUUCCUCUCGGUUUACUUCUCGUGACGGUAGUACAAAAAAAGAUAAACCUUUAUUACAACUUUUUGAAUUUGAAUUGAGACCAUUUUGUGGAUUAUGUUUGGCCGGUUGUUACUUUAUACUCAAGUCUGGAGAAGGUGCAACUAAGGAAGCCUUAGAUGUGUUAAAACAAACUCAAGCAAUGACUAGUCCUUCAAUAGAAAAUAGUAGUAAUAGUAUUGUUGGCAGCUUUGGAUUAUUAGGAUCUAGUGCGAGUGGGCUUGUAGGAUUUGGAAGUGGUAUUUCUAGUGAUAAAAAGGAACCAAAGGCCAAUCGUUAUAACAAAUUUGCUGGUCGUUACGCUGCAAAAGUUAAUAAAGAUUUGGGCUCCCCCUUCUUGUUACAUAUCAUUCUAUAUCUUCGAAGAGAUAUUUUUUACAUGUCGUUUGAAUUGAAAAAACGAUGGGCAAGCUUGUUGGAAGCAAUAUGGACGAAAGUUCCAAAGCCAGUUGAUCCUGAUGUAAAUUCGGUAUACUUACUCAUUCGCGGAGUCUUUGAAAAAUCCAUUAAUGAUGAUCCUACAGUUGCUCAAGCGACACUCUGUGAAUGUUUAACUUUGGAAAUUAGUAUUGUUAACGAGACUUGGGUUAUCCCUCACUGUAGAUAUGAACUUGGUGAACUAUUCUAUAAAAAAUUAGGAGAUCAAGAAGCAGCCAUGGAACAAUUUAAAUGGGUAUUAAAAGGUCCAAGACCAACAUCUCGCGGUGGUAUAGCGUCACGCCGAGAUAGUAAUUUAAGCAUAAUAUCAAAAUCGUCAUCCGAUUCUGGCGCGUCGGUGCAUAAUAAUCCGGACAAGUUUAAGAAAUAUGAAUUUGUUAAAGUUUUAAAACAACGAUGUGACAUAGCCAUUGAACAAAUUCGCAGUGGAACGUUAUCACCCACGAAUAUAUUAACACAAAAUUCGCCACAAUACUCUCCUUUGUCACCAAUGCGUCAUAAUAGGAAAAAGAGUGGAUCGAAUUCAAGCUUAUUAAAAGAAAUCAAAGAACAGAUCAUUCAACGACAAUUAACGGAAGAAAGAGAUGUGAUAAUUGCUGAGAAUUUUUAUCAAGAUGGCUUGGAUGAAAAUAUUACUAAAAAUGAAGGAAUUAUAUUUAAUACUAAUAAAUUUAAGAAAAAAGCCAAAGAAAAGAGUACGAAUUUACCACAACACGAAGUUGAAACCAAUAAAAAUAAUAGUGAUCAUAGUGGAAGCCGUAAAGGGUUGAAGGGAAAACUAACAUUAUUCAAAUCUCGAUGA